CUGAAACCGAAGGCCACAAAAGCCAUGGAGCUCCAUUUCCAACAGAAUCCCCCAAGGAAACAGCAGUACCAGCUGCCAACGGCCUCCAAGACCAAGUCCGCCAAGGCCAAGGCCAAGACCACCAAGUUCGUCGGCGUCCGGCAGCGCCCGUCGGGACGGUGGGUGGCGGAGAUCAAGGACACCACCCAGAAGAUCCGCAUGUGGCUCGGCACCUUCGAGACCGCGGAGGAGGCCGCCCGAGCCUACGACGCCGCCGCCUGCCUCCUCCGAGGCGCAAACACCCGCACCAACUUCUCAUCCUCCUCCGCUGCCGACGCCGACUCCCCCCUCGCCUCCCGCGUCCGUAACCUCCUCAAACUCAAGAAACAGAGUAAGAACAGAGCAUCGCCCAAAACCAACAUCAAUCCUCACCCUCCCGGCGAAAAAACAACUCAUCAUCCAACUCCUGUUCCUCCUCCUCCUCCUCUCUGCAUCAAUUUCAAUCCCUGCUCAUCUACGUCUAUCUCGGCCGAAUCAAAAAUCUGUAGCAGCAGCAGCAGCAGCAACACCAGCAACACCAGCGCCGAUGCUCCCUACCAUGAGAGGAAUCAGCAAGAUGGCAACUUGGGCGAGGAGCUGGACCUGGUGUGGCCCUCCUUGGCGCCGCUGCUGCAGGAGCCCUCCUCGUGGGCGUUCGACUGCGGCGAGCUGUUGCUGCCGCCGCGGGUUGCGUCGGAGGAGAUGGCGGAGCUGGAGAGGAUGAAGGUGGAGCGCCAGUUCUCGGCGUCGCUCUACGCCAUGAACGGAGUGCAGGAGUACUUGGACAUGGUGCAGGUGGAUCCCUUGCCUUUAGAAGCUCUCUGGGAUCUCCCUCCGCCAUGGCACUUGUCUUGCCGGACUUGAUGUGUUCCGGAACAGACCGGUGAUUUCCCGAUCGAACCGGUUCAAGAUCAGGCCGAACCAAUCGUCCCAGUCGAAAACAGUGUGAUUAAGAUGAUGCAGCAGUGCAAAAGAAGAGUUCACCUUGCAGCAGAGAGCUUGGUUGUAACUUGCCAUUGAAUUGGUUCCUUCCUGUCAUAUUUUGUAAAGCUUCUCUUUGUUUUGUCGAGUGAGAUUUUUGCUGCUGUACAAUCUUAAAAUAAGAAAGCUGUUCAAGAUGAAUAGC